AUGGGUCAACAUAAAAAGAAGAAUGAUUUUGUGGAGGAUGAAUAUGUAGUUGAGGCUAUUCUCGAUACUAAAGUUGUGGGUAGAAAAAAAUUUUACAAAAUUAAAUGGGAAGGAUACUCAUCUGAUGAAUGUACAUGGGAACCUUCUAAAAAUCUUAAUCAAUCUUUAAUUAAAAAAUAUGAAAAAAGUAUUGCUAAAAAAAAAUCUUCUUCUAAAUCUAAUUUAAAUGUAAGCUGCGAUGAAGAAGAAGAUGAUGAACCAAAAAUGAAAGAGAUUUUAGAAUGUCGUAAAGAAAAUGGUGUAUUAAAGUAUCGAGUUUUAUUAGAUGAUAAAAAUUUAAAAUGGUUUCCCGCUAAUAAAAUUAAUGACAAACGUUUGUUGGAGGCUUUUGAUCAAAUAAAAAAUAAUGAAGAACCUAGUAAGAAAAGGAAGAAAAACUUUUCAGGAACUGAAACUGAUGAAGAAAUUCAUUAUAGAAGAAGAAGUAAUCAUGGUGGUUUUGUUUUAAGUUCCUCUGAAACAAAAACAAUUGAUUCAGAAAAAAGUGAUGAUGUCAGAAAAAGUUCUAGAAAUUCAAAAAUAUUAAAAAAACCUGAAUGUAGUAUCAUUAGGCAACGUCACGACACAGAAACUUCAAUUUUUGACAAUGAGUGUAGUUCUAGAUCAAGUACACCAUUAACUUCUAAAUCUAUUUCCAAACAGAAUUUUACACCAACAACACAUGAUGUUUCUAAGAUUGAUAGAAAUAAAAAAAAUUUAACGGUUAAAGCAAAUGAAAAAGAGGAGGAUUUUUACAAUAUUGAAAAAAUUGUAGAUCAUCGUUUUGUUAAUGGUGUUAAGGAAUAUAGAGUUCGUUGGGAAAAUUAUUCUCCUGAAGACGAUACCUGGCAAACUAUAGACACUUUUAAUGAUCCUAAUUUUGUUGUUGAAUAUGAAAAAUUGACAACUGAACAGUUUAAUAGCCUAAGAGUUUAUGAUGAUUUUGCCAAAAAGUCAAAAGAAUCAAACUGUAGUUUCCUUAAAAGGCUCAUGAUGAAUACAAGAAAAGGAAUAACUUACAGUGAAUCAGAAAUUGUUGGAAUUCUUGAUAAACAUUAUGACGAUGACGGUGAAGCAUUCUAUCUUGUUCGAUUAACAAAUGAUGAAAUAAUUUAUAUGCAUCCAAAUGAUGUACCAUUUAGUUUUAGAGAAGAUUGUUUGAAUGCUGAAAGAAAAUAUGCUUAUAGAAAAUGA